AUGAGAAUCAUUAUCGAGUCAAAAGCCCUCAGCGCUCUACGCUCGGUAGUCUCAUACUACCCUUUCGUUGAUCUUGACCAUAAAGUCUUGUCACUAAACGAACCUUACACUAUCCUAGGUCACCACAUGAGCGAGCUUGAAGCACUCCAUGAACGAUGCAAAACCAGUCACCACAAGGGUGAAGUCAAACCGGACGAGAACGCUAACCCGGAUGACCCCUUGGUUGAAACAACCGCCGAGCAUCUGGAACUGCUUCAUAACUAUCUCAAGACAAAGGUAUACAAAGGAAGGAUCGAGACCGAACAGGAGCUGCAUCGGAGGAAUAUGUGUACUUUCCAGAUGCUAUGGCUUCUCUUCAGGCCGGGCACGACAGUAUACGUGGAAUCGGGAGGUAAACUCGCUGCCCAUGUGGUCCAUGCCAUGGUUCAUGACACCGCCAUUCUUUCGGACAACCGUCGAGACUUUGGGCCGCAUCAGAUCCUAUUGUGGUCGUUAAGGUUUGAUGGCAGAUUUGUUGGAAGGAGCACGACGUCAGUUGUUGUGCCACCAUUCCGGGAAGAACGUGAAAUCACAUCACUGAAGGUUUUCCCAACCGAACUUUUCGACAAGAAAGACGGUGGCGAGACCAAAGCGAGAUUGGAAGCGCAGGGGAGGCAAUGGUUCAAACUCUUACGUAGUCAGCCGGCCUUCUAUCAAUGCGACCCGUCUGACCGGGCGGCACUUGUUCUCCAAAACAGACACGUUGUUAGGAGGAAGGCAAGUGAGGAAAGUAUGGACUCUGAGGAUGCUGCUAGUCACAAGCCCAAUAUACGCAAAGCCAGGAAAGCGGGUUUGGUAUGUCCAUCUCCUCCAAAGCACCAUUGA